AUGUCAAGGAGACAGAACAACGGGUCCCUCGACCCCAGCGGCCUUGGCAUCGGCAACAUGCCCCGCAACGCGUCGCCCGUGCCGCCCUAUGACCCUCCCAUGUCCCCAAGUUACCACUCGCAAGCCUCUUAUGGAUCCCACGCACACCUCCUCCCUCACCCACCUUCGUCGUCUCCUGCGCCACCUCCCCGCUUCUCUCCAUCUCCUCUGUAUGCUCCCAUCCCGGGCUCGGACGUUGGCUCGAUGGCACCCUCUGUGACUGGCAGCUACAUGUCGCCCGCGUCAACACAGCCUCGCCUUCCCUAUUUUGAAGCUGCGCUCGCCCGCGCUCGUGGUGAGACACCUCCGAUUCUUCCACCCAUCCAGUCCACCACUCCCCUGCAGUUCGCUCCUUCGCGGACUCCCCAGCCACUGCCUCCUCGUCAGUCGUUCCAGCCUGCACCUGCCUAUCUCCCACCUCCCGACCCAAACCACCCCGACCUUUCCGUUGGGUUUACCCAAUCGUCUACUGUCCGCUAUGCGACCAACCGAGGGCGGGAACCGUCGCGUUCUCCUUCUCCCGGUUUUGAUGACAGCGUGGCUUACGAGCGCACAACCGAUGUUGAAAAAGCCCUACUUGGCGACCAGGAUCGAACCAGCGACCCUAUCUACUCGCAGGCGCACUCCCCGCGUCCAGCCUACGCCGCGGAACUCAACGGCGACAUCUCCCUGAUGAGCGGUGCUCCUUUCCGGGAUUCGAUGUACAAGCCCCCACUCGAUGACUUCGAGUCCGUGCCCCUCACCGAUGCCAUCUCCAACGGUCACUCUAAUGGCCACGAAGAUGAGGCUCACCCCCACUAUGGCCCGGCACCCACUGGCCGUGUCGGUCGUCGUGGAGCCCACAGGCGUGUCAAGCAGCAGGUCACCCUCGACGACACGGGUAUGUUUGCUGUUGACAUGCCGAUCCCUACGAGGCUCCAGCAGUUCCUACCUGUCAAGGGCGUUGAGGAGAUGAGGACGACCAGGUACACUGCCGUCACCACCGAUCCGGAUGGGUUUGCCCAGUCUGGCAUCCUGCUUCGUCAGAACCGCUUCGACCCUCCUCGCCAGACCGAGCUCUUCGUCGUCAUUACAAUGUACAACGAGGACGCUGAGCUCUUCUGCCGUACGCUCUACGGCGUCAUGAAGAACAUUGCCCACCUCUGUGGCAGGAAGAAUUCGCGUACUUGGGGUCCCAACGGCUGGCAAAAGGUCGUCGUCUGCAUCGUGUCGGACGGACGUAAGAACUGUAACCCGCGUGUUCUCGACUGUCUCGCCGCGCUUGGUGUGUACCAGGAAGGUGCGAUGACCAACAAGGUCAAGGACCGUCCCGUCACCGCGCACGUCUUCGAGUACACGACAAGCUUUGCUCUCGACCCUGAGCUUCACUUCAAGUACCCGGACAAGGGUAUUGUUCCUUGCCAGAUCAUCUUCUGUCUCAAGGAGAAGAACGCCAAGAAGAUCAACUCGCACAGGUGGUUCUUCAACGCGUUUGGUCCACUCCUCCAGCCCAACAUCUGUAUCCUGCUGGAUGUCGGUACCAUGCCCGGUCCCAAGUCGCUCUACCACCUCUGGAAGGCGUUUGAUGUCAACUCAAACGUCGGCGGUGCAUGUGGUGAAAUUGCUGCUUUCAAGGGCAAGGCAUGGAAGCUUCUGUUGAACCCUCUUGGUGAGUUGGGAGAUGGUUAUGAGUGCUAA